AUGAGUUCCAGAGGAGAACGAGGAGACAGCUACUUCUCAAAUUUACGUGGCGCCAACAUUAGGAAGCCGUUUGGAAGCAAACCUCAAACAUUGUCGAUAAGGACUCAACUCGAUCGAGAAAACAUGUGCAAGCAGUUGCCUUUCCUGAACAUCAUGCACGAUAAGCGAGUGAUCAGAGGCAGCAAUUUUGUCAAAAAACCAUACCUAAACAAAGAAUGUUCCGCAAUUCGCGAAGCCGAAGCCCGACGACGAGCAAUGGCCAGGAAAAAAGCUUUGGACAACCAGACCCGUGCAAUGCGUUUGCAUUUGGGAGGAUCCAAGUUGUCAAAAUAUAGACAGAACGUCGACAACCACGCUGAAAGUCAUUUAGAAGAACUGUACGAGAAUCCGACAUCGCAAUCCUUCGGAGCUCAAACUGAUGAAAUAGGUUGCGAACCACCAACCGAUGCGGCUAUAGGUAUUACGACGGGGACGGACGCAUCCACUCAAGUGAACGAUAACGACUUAUACGAUUUCGAGACUAUGGUAAAGCCUAUAGCCGAGUCGCUCUUAAUAAGCACCUACAAGCAAGCUAUGAAGGAAGUGUUGUACGAAGACGAGUUGGACGCGCAGGCUCGGCACCAGAGAGCGUUACACCUAUUGCACACCGUUGAACGAAUUGAAUCGCAAAGACUGGAUCGCGCAGACGAAAGGUUGACCAAAAUCACUGCCGACCACACUCGUUGGUUUGACGAGUGCGUGAAAAAGGAUGCGACGGAUCGAAAAGAUUUGUCGUCCGUGUUGUCAUCCAAAAGUGUGUCCAAUCUACUUCCCGAGGUACUAGACGAUCUCAACAGGGACGGGGUUGUCUUCGAUGCCGACGCAGCCGCUACGACAUUAGAAAGACCCGAAUUCGUACCGUGGUUAAUGGAACAACUACAAGCGGACCAUACAAAGCGCGUCGAAAAUGCCGAUAUUUUGAAAGAUAGAUUAUGUGAAGAAGAACCGGAAGUGGAACUCAACACAUUGGUAGAGUUGGCGGUAAAAAGGGAGUCAACUGUCAAAGCAUCAUUCAGUGGCGGUACAGAAGUACAUAGAAUGGGAAAAGCAGUCAACGGUAACAAGCUGACGACAGAGAAAGGAAAUAAAGGAUUCAACAAGCAAUGGUCAUUCAAGGAAGGAAGCAGUAAAGUAUCGACAAGUUAUGUAGAGAAUGAAGAAGUUAUAAAUAUGUUUAAAGUGGAAAAAGUGAUGCAUGAUAGUAAACCAAUUAUGGUGAAAGUGCUAAUUGAAGAAAAAGAGAUUGAAAUGAAGGUAGAUUCAGGUGCUGGUGUUUCGAUUUUACCUAAAGAUGUGUAUGAUAGGACAUUGCCUUAUGUCAAAUUAGAACAGAAAAAUUAA